AUCCUCUCCAAACCAACCUGGUCCGUCAGCUCUCUCCUCCCAUCUGAAUCGCCACAAUCGGAUACAAAAGCGGCAGAAACCAUCACACCGGCUCAACUACAUCACCUUCUUCGCCUCUCCGCUCUGCCCUUACCCAAAUCCCCAGCCGAAGAGCAGUCCAUGAUCGAGACGCUCCAGAGCCAGCUGCAGUUUGCACGGGCCGUGCAAAAGGUCGACACAAAGGGUGUAGAACCGCUUCGCGCCAUCAGGGACGAGACAGACGCCGCCAUCAAGGAAAUCACCAUAGGACUGGAAGACCUCAAGGACGUGCUGGCGAAAGAGGUUCGUGUGGGCCAUUAUCAGCGGCCUCGAAAGGUCAAGGAGCGCAUUCAGUCUGAUGCCGAGAACUGGGAUGCCUUGGCGACGGCGUCAAGGAGAGCCGGCAAGUACUUUGUUGUUGAGAGUGGGAAGAAGGCCGAG